AUGAAGUCCACUCAUUCGCCCGCGCUCGUUUCGCCUGACUCGUUCGACGAGCGGCUGCGUAACGUGUUUUCCCUCCGCGCGGCAAUCCCCGUGCUUGAUGAAUAUCUUUCGUCGAUCCAAAUUGAUGACGACCAUCCGGGCUUCGUGUUGAGCUGGGACUUAAACAACUUGACAGCGUUUGUGGCGGCAGCAAAUGCGCUGAACCCAGCUCGUGCGCCUGACUGGUUGCAGACGCUACCCCCACAGAUCACGGUUAACUCGUUCACAGACGAUCUCGUUCAAGAACUCCUCCGAGAGGCAGGCAGUCGCUGUGGGCGUUUCCUGCUGGCUCCAAAUACACUAGGGCAGUUCGGCGCUGUUGCGGUGACGCUUGCGGCCCGCCAGAAUAAUGACUUCAUGCAAGAUGCAGCGCGAGCUGCACUUCCACGAUCGGUAUUGAACAAUCUCCCACCGGCUCGUCGAAACAACGAGCGAUUACGUCGGAUUUUCAUUUGA